AUGUUCCGCGACUUGGCCGUUAUGGUAUCGGAUCAAGGCCAACAAAUAUCAAGUGUUGAGAAUAGUGUUGAUACUACUGUUAGAGACAGCAAGGGUGAGAUGACGAGGUUCUCAUUGAACUAUGAGUACUGUCCCCAGAGACUGUUCAUGAGCUGGAGAAAGCUGCUCGAUUCGGACAUAGCAUCAGCGAUCGGUCCUGGUGUGUAA